AUGCUCUCUUGUGGCAUUGACAUUGAUUCAAAAGAUGAAUCCUCAGCCACCCCACUGAUAAUUGCUGUCAAGGAAAACCAUGUUGAAGUUAUGAAAUAUCUUCUUCAAAAGGGUGCAGACAUAUCUUUGACAACUGGAUCUUACGAGAGGAAUGCUUUACACAUAGCAUCACAGUACGGAAGUGUUGCAGCAAUUGAGAUGUUGCUCUCUUAUGAUUUAAGACCUGACUCAAGAGAUAGAGAGGGAAACACGCCAUUAGUCAGUGCUGCAGCUUGUGGACAGAUAGAGGCUGUAAAUUGUCUUCUUAAACAUGGAGCAGAUCCAUUCCUGAGAGGGGAACAUGGAUGGAGCCUUCUCCACUUUGCUGCUCAGUCUGGCAAUGUCAUCAUUAUUGAGACCUUGCUUUCUAAAGGUCUUGAUGUGGAUUCCAGAGGUGAAACUCUGGGUUUAACCCCUCUGAUGGUUUCCAUUAAAUCUGACAAAUUGGAGGCAGCAAAAUAUCUGCUUGAGAAGGGUGCCAAUGAAAGUUUGAAAACCACUCAGAUAGAAAUCUCUAUUUUGUCCAUUGCAUCAACAGUUGGUUCUGUUGCAGCCAUUGAGAUGCUGCUCUCACGUGGUUGUAGCAUUGAUUCUAGAGAUGAUGGGGGAGACACACCAUUGAUGCAUGCUGCACGUUGUGGAAAUACCAAGGUUGUAGAAUAUCUUCUUGCUCAAGGUGCUGAUCCAUUACUUCAAAAUAACUUAGAACUUGGUCUGCUCCAUUUAGCUGCUCUUUCUGACAAUGCUCUUACUAUUGAGGCUGUGCUCUCUAACAAUUUUGACAUAAAUGCUAGAUGUACUGCUGCUGGUUUAACACCACUGUUGAAUUGCUUGGUGCAGGGCAAAUUGAAGGCUGCAAACUAUCUGCUUGAUAGGGGUGCUGAUGAAUAUUUGAAAAGUGAGGAGGGGUUGACUGUUCUAUCCGCUGCAGCAAUCAGUGGUGAUGUUGCAGCCAUUGAGAUGCUGCUUAAGCGUGGUCACAACCCUAAUUCCAGGGAUGGUUGUGAUAAGACACCCUUAAUGUGGGCUGCAGAGAUGGGAAAAAAAGCAGCUGUAGAAUAUCUUCUUCCUCACACUCACUAG